AUGUCCGCCAGGUCCUGGUCACGAAUGCUCCCAAGGAAGUCAUUCUUCGACACCCUCUACAACUCCAAUUCCAUCAACUCUACUAGAGAUGGAUUCCUCACAUCUCGAUCUGCGGAGCUCGUCAAUCCACGCCAUCACAUGGUGCUUUCAGAUACCGUCUGGCAAGACUUCGAUGCCGAGACGUUGGCGGGUAUGACCGAUUCGAAGAUUCUAUCAUCGUUCACCUCGGGAUUCUUCGGGGGAUUUGUUUUUGGUAUGGAGGGUAUUUUAUUGAACGCUGGAGCUUGGAGGAUUCUUCCUGUGCAUUUUACAAACUUCUCACAAGACACACAAGCACCCGAGUUAUGGAGAAGGUCGGAAGUUCCAGUCAACGAGCUUUGCGACGUUGGUACACGCUUAUUUGGUGUCUUUCAACUUCUCGACAAGCAUGUCCCUGAAUCACCGGGUUCGCCAUUAAGUUACGUCGACUAUGGGUUUGGUUCAGAUAAGUACUCCUUCGCUGGAUGCCACCGUUUCAGUAUCACCAGGAACCCUACUUCUUCAGACAAAAUUUCUGAAGUAGAGCAACCGGAGGCUCGGAUACGGAUUAGCCUGGAGGGAUUUACUUGUAAUCCACAAACGAACAAAUCGCCUGUCCCUGAGGUAGGGAAGUGGUUCCAUGCCCUCUAUGCCAGGGCGCUUUUCGCGAAUGGGAUUCAAGCUGUCUUGGAGAGUAGUCGUUAA